AUGGCGUCCAAAACCCUCUUCGAUACAAUCAUAAUCGGCGGCGGCCCGGGCGGUUUAAGCACUGCACUCGGUCUCUGCCGCCAAUCUCGUACCUGUCUAGUCAUCAGUCACAAAGUUUUCCGCAACGAUGGUAUAGAAGCGUCACAUGCUGUUCUUGGACAUGACCAUACCCAUCCUCAAGAGAUAUGGGCCAAAGCCCGACAACAGAUAGACCGUUAUGGAACAGCAUCCUAUGCGGAAGAUGAGAUCGUAUCUGCAAAGCAAGAAGAACUGCCGCAGUGGAACGGCCAUAAGGGGUUUUCGGUCAAGAGCAAAAGUGGCCAGAGCUGGCUAGGGAAAACUUUAGUGCUCGCUAUGGGCGUUAAGGAUGUUUUCCCGGCGAUAGAAGGUUAUAAAGAGAACUGGCCGCGGAAUAUCUAUCAGUGCUUGUUUUGCGACGGAUGGGAGAGAAAGGAUUCCGAGAAGGCUGUGCUAGCAGCGCCAAUGGGGAAUGGAAUGAUAGCCUCCAUGAUGGCUAGCAUGUCCCUAGGAAUGAACAAAGAAAAGAACAACGACGGAUCAUCGAAAGUCACUAUUCUAACAGACGGCCCUUUCAGUCUCGAAACAGCAAAUUUCGAACCGUCUGUUGUAAAACAGUUAAAAGCCGUAAUGGCUCGAGGUGUCAAAAUCGACCAGCGAAAAGUUGUUGCACUCGAAGACUCCAGUCCAACAGAAGGAGUAAACGUGCGGCUCCAAGACGAAAACGGACAAGAGGAAAAGGUUCACUUCGGAUUCAUCGUGCAUAAACCUAGAACUGAACUAAAUGGCCAGGGUAUAAUCCAGGAAUUGGGAGUGGAGACGGAAAAAACACCACACGGAGAUGCAAUCAAAGUUAUUGCACCCUUCCAGGGCACAAACAUCCCCGGUCUCUUUGCAGCAGGGGAUAGUGGAGCUCAGUUGACGCAUGUAACCACUGCUAUGGUAUCAGGCGUUAGUGCUGCCGGCGGUAUUGUGCACUACUUGAAUGGAUUGGAUGAUGGAGACGCCCUCGCCGCGGCGGGCUUGGAAUAG